AUGAGAUUAGCUUCUGUAAUAAUAUUGUUUGUUGGUGCAUCAACAGCGAUCGCCGAAAACAUCACAGCUCUCUGCUUAUCUCCAGAUGCUCAACUAAGUUGUGGAACUUGUAUUCAACAGAACCCUCUAUGUGCUUGGUGUCGUGAUCCCCACAUGGAUGGCUCACACAAUAGAUGUCAGCCCAAGACUUCUUUCCUAAAUGACAAGACUUGUAACCCUGAUUAUGUGUAUUCACCUGAAACGGAGAUGAAGAUUGCCCAUCAUAACCUCCGUAUUGGAUCUCUCCGACCCGAUGGAAGAAGUACCGUGCAACUCGAGCCCCAACAAGUCGUAUUGCGUAUGAAGCCAGGAGAUGAAUUGACUGUUCCAUUCAAAUACGUUCAUAAUCCUGAAGUUGAUCAAGAUGUCAUCGUACAAACAAGUCAAUAUCAUGCUGAGAAGGGAGUUCAGUUACAAUUCUUCAUGAACUGCAAUGGACAAGAAAUUGAAGGAAAGCAGUGUAGUGGUGCAGUCAGAGGACAGCAAUAUGAUUUCAAGAUCAAAGUGACUCUUCAAAACUGCUCCAACGAUGGGGACGUUUCCAUUUCUGUUGGAGUUUAUGGAUAUAACACUGUCUCCGCCAUUUACAUUACUCCUUUAUGUGGUUGUGAAUGUGAGAAGCUUCAACAGAGGGAGAAAAACUCACCACUCUGUCACGGAUUUGGUAACUUGAUUUGCGGACAGUGCAUCUGUGAUAGUCACCAUGGUGGACAACAUUGUGAAUGCCCAUUGGCAACAUUUGGAGUCAAAACCAGUUUUGAUCUUGAACAGCAAUGCCGAAAAACUUCUUCAUCUCAAAUCUGUGAAGGUCAAGGAUCCUGUAAAUGCGGACGUUGUGAAUGCAAAUCUCCCACAAUCCAAGGAAAAUUCUGUGACUGUGAUAGCUCUACAUGCCCAAAUAACUGCAGCAACAAUGGCGAAUGCUCAUGUGGCAAAUGCAAGUGUGAAGAAGGUUGGGAGAGAGAUGACUGCUCCUGCACAACGGACAGAAAGCUUUGUAUGGAAAACGGAGUUGAAUGUUCUGGUAACGGAAGAUGCGAAUGCGGAAAGUGUGUUUGUAACCUAGGAUUCACAGGCGCUUUCUGCGGCUCAGCCGAUGAGAUGACACCAAUUGUACACGAUACUGAAUCAGAGAGCGAGGAAAAGCCAGAAGACUCUGACAACAGUGAUGCUGACGAAGACACAGAGGGAUCUACAGAGUCUCAAACUUCCGGAUGCAGCUUGAAGAGUUUCUUUGUAAUCUUAUUCUUCAUUAUUCCAUUAAUGCUCUAA